AUGCCGUUCAGGAAUGCUUGUCGUCUCUUUGUGGGUGUCAUCAUUUACAUCUCAGAGCUGCAGGUAAAGGUGAUUCCUGCCACAGAGGGACAGACAGUAACACUGAUGUGCAGCAGCUGUCCUCUGACUGAAAAGCCUGCAGCCUACAUCUGGUACAAGAACAGAGAGUUUCUCUAUGAGGACUGGUCUCCCUGGUACCAAGAGCUGCUCAGCAGUGAGGAAGCAGUCACAUACUCCUGUGCUGUCAAAGGCUACGAGGAUCUCAGAGCCCCUGAAGUCUCUGUGGAUUCCAUCACAGCAACCUGCUUCAGUGUUACUUAUGCUUAUGGAGACAUGUGUUCUUAUAAACAGACAUCAGUGGAUGAGCCGUGCUCCAUCACAUAUCCCAGAGAGCUUCAUGUUCAAAGGACUUCUUCCAUUUCUGGGUUUGUUACACUGGCUUGUAGUACAAGAUGUAACCUGACAGACCCUCAGACUACCUACCUCUGGUACCACAACAAACAAAACUAUUAUGAGAAUCAACAUUAUUCAGUUCAAAACUCUUCAAGAGGCACAUUUUCUUGUGCAGUUAAAAGCCACAAACGUCUUCAAUCUCCAGAAGUUUGUGUUCAGGAUAAAAACUGCUGGAGAGUGAAUUACGUCAGCAGGAGAAUCUGUGCUCUGGAAGGAUCUUCAGUGAACAUCACAAGUGAAUACUCACAUCCUGAUAACAUGAAGCCAGAGUUUAAAUGUUGGAGUAAAAAAUGGAGAAAAGAUAAAGUGGAAGUUGAAGAGCUGAUUGAGGCUGCAGGUCGUGUGGAGUAUCAGGACAACAUGAAGAACCAACACAUCCUGACCAUCAACAACCUGAAGAAGAAUGACUCAGGAGGAUACACAUUCAGAUUCAACAAAGAUCAUGAAGGAUGGACACAAUCUGAUCUGCCUGGAGUCUUUUUGAUUGUCACAGGAGGCACCCAGAAGGGCACUACCCUUUUCUGGCUGAGGACUGUGGCCUCAGACUUAGAGGUGUUUAUCCUCACUCCCGCCUCUUCAAACUCGGCUGUGAACCACUCCAGUGGAAGCCUUCCACCACUUGGUUACACAUAG